UUGGCAUGUGUGACGUCACAGACAACGGGCUGGCGCUCAGCAGGCCUGCAUCAGUUUCGAAGGUGACGUGUGAUUCGCCGGCCGGCCAACCCACUGGAAGUUCUGCACUGCUGACCCACAGUCCGAGCCAGCCGGUCACUCACUUCGGUCCGCUAUCACUACUUCAGAGAGCCAGCCUCUGACGGCGCCAUGAUGGCGCCGAUCGCAUUCCGUCGGCGUCUGCUGCUGACCUUCUGCUGCUCGCUGCUGAUGCUGCUGCUGGUGGCCCAGCAGGUCGUGCACCAGGCUUCUCAGAUGGAGCUCCCAGCCGGCUGCUGGGGCGUUCCGGAGCCGCGCCCGGGCGCCGCCGUACUGCCGCAGUACGGCCGGUACCAGUACCUGCUGAACAGUCCCGUGUGUGGUGGCGGGGAGCAGGUGCGGGCCGUGAUCGUGGUCCACUCGGACCCGCGCCGCCCGGAGGUGCGCCAGGCCAUCAGGGACUCGCUGCCGGCAGCCGAGCUGGCCCAACUCGGUCUGAGACGUGCCUUUAUGCUGGCUGAGGCGUCCACCAGGCUGAGUGUGAAUGAGACCACCAUAUCGCGAUUCGCGAUGGCGGCAGAGAGCGCUCUUUAUCACGACAUAGUGCAGGGAGACUUCCACGACUCCUACCACAACCUCACCUACAAGCACAUCAUGGCAUUGGACUGGGCCACCACCUUCUGUCCACAGGCCAGACAUAUAAUCAAGAUGGACGAUGACAUCGCUUACAAUGUGUACGAGGUACUGCACUUGCUGGAGAAGAGCCCUGAUACGGGAUACCUGGGUGGUAAUGCCUUCCGAAAGGCCAAGCCUUACCGUGGUGAUUCUAAAUGGCAUGUCAGCUUGGAAGAGUGGCCAAAGGAGUAUUACCCACCGUAUGUAUCAGGGUGGCUGUAUAUCGCCAGUCAGGACAUGGCAAGUGCGAUGGUUAGAAGGUCCACCGAGCUGCCGUUUUUCUGGAUAGACGAUCUAUUCAUCACCGGAAUGAUAACAGAAAGGAUGGCAAUUAACAUUACAGGAUUUAACAAUCUUUUCGCUACGUCGGCUGACUGCGUCCGUCACACGGUCAACCAGAACUACCCCCGGCUCGGACAACCCAACGGCACCGUCUUCAGUCCCAGCGUGGUGGUCACGCCCACUGACCGCGACCUGGACGCGCUGAAGGCCUUCAACAAGCUCUGUCGCUACUGCAGGAGCCGGCCGUGCCAGAAGAGAGAGCGAGGGAAAGUGUGUGCGAAUACUUACUGAGGUGGCUGCAUGUAAUGUGUGUAGUUUGUGUCCUAUGUCAUACGUAUGUAGUUUGUGUCAUAUGUCAUAGUAUGUAGUUUGUGUCGUAUGUCAUAGUAUGUAGUUUGUGUCAUAUGUUUUAUCACAUGAUUUGAGAUCGAGAGUGUCCGUCCGUCCGCGCCUACUCUCUUUUUUUUGAACGCCUUCUCCUCUACGCCUACUUUUACCUUACAAUUUAAUACAUGAAAUAAACAGUGACACUCACUGCGACAAAAGACUUGCGCAUUGUGGUGUGACCCGCGUGGCCAAGCCGGGGCGGCGUCCUAUCAUGAAACCGCCCUGGCCGAGGGGUGAGCUGUGGUAUACCUCCUCAGCAACGGAGAGCUGCUCCGUACCUGCAUCUUUGAAGGCAUGUCAUACAUGAUUUUUAACCCUAUUGUAUUGGUGGCAGGGGGUUUUCAUCCGACCCUCAGGUUUUUCGGCAAUAUCUUCGCAACGGCUGGAGCUAGGAUGCUGUUUUUUUUUUACUUUUUAAGAAAUACACUGAACACCACUGAAAGUUUCAAGUUGGUACCUUUCUCAGGGGCGGUUCCAGGGCAUCGGGAAUUGAGAGGUCCUAUUCGUGAAGUAGAUCAUU